UUCAGAUAGACUGUAAUUUAUAUAAAUGUAUCAAUGAUUGUCUAUAGAUUCCUCUACCUGAAUCUGUUACUGGUAGAUACGAUCACUCACUCACAGCAGUCACAAUGUCACCAAACUGUGUGUGGCUAGUAAUUGUUGGAGGGUUUGUUGAGUUAAAAUGGAACAUUUUUGGAGGAGACAAUACACAUAUCACUGAUACUAAUAGACUAACAAUGAUAGUUGAAUUUGUUCAUAAAGCUGGUGAGUGGAUAGUACAGUCAGUACUGGAUGGUAAUGAUCUCGGUAGUAAGAAAUAUCAAGAAAAGUAUGAAUCGUACAGCAAGACCAGAACAUGGUGGAUGGAUCAGGUAGUAGAAUAUCCCACAGAGAAGGAAGCUGAACUACAGAGAUACAUCCAGUUAUUGCAUCAAAAGCUGGCUGAAACCAAUAAACAAGGUAUAUAUUCAUACAUUUUAUUUGUAUACCGUAUUUCCUUAAAUAAAA